AUGUCCCGUGCCUUAGAGAAGGAAGUCUUGGAGGCACUGAACAAGGGAGACCCGAGAAAGGUGUUUGACGAGAUAUUGCAAGUCUUCGAGUCACCGGAAAAGGAUGGAGCCCUCCUCGAAUUCGAGUUUCUCGGUAAAGCACACCUCCCGCCGCCAGGUGUCUUUGUCCUGAGAGACGGGAAAGCCAUUGGCCUCUCCAAGCUCCACGUGUUUCAGGCAUUUGGUGUCGCCUAUCAAGCACUAAGAAGAUCCGCGUCGGCUGAUGGGCACCUUGGGAGGGCGCUCUCGACAGAAGAGCUAAGGAGGGCCACGGCGAUUCUACUCCUGUCAGAUCCCGAGCAUCUCACGGCCGCAAACUGCAGGAAGAGAGCCCUACUACAAGACAUCUGUGACGGAAGGGAGAUCGCACUCUGUCUCAGUCAAGAGAAAUAUUUCCUUGAUAGCUUGCUGACGAGCCGGCUUCAUCGACAUACAAAGUCGCCUACGCUGUGGAGCCACAGGCGGUGGCUUCUCGGGCUGUUUAGGAAACACGGGAUUGCUUUCGACGUGACCUCUGACCUCCGGCAGGUCGUUUUCGUCUCGGGUGAGCGGCACCCCAGGAACUACUACGCCUGGUGCCAUGCCCGCUGGCUACUCACCAACCUCGAUGAAAAGAAUAGCGAGGCCAUCGUGGGUGGCAUCAUUGGCGAUGUGGAAGGCUGGUGCUUAAAGCACCACGACGAUAUAUCAGGCUGGUCGUUCCUCCAUCGCUUGCUGAGUGGUGGGUGGUUAUCAAAAUCUGGGCAAGAGGAAGAGUGCUCAAGGGUGUUUGGCUCUGUUCUCAGGAUGGCAGAGUCCUUUCACUGGCGCAACGAAUCCGUAUGGUGGUUUCUUCAUGCAGUGGUGGCAGACGGCCUACUGAGACACGCAGAUUUGUCACUCCUGAGAGAAACCGGUGGCAGGAUGUUUACCCAUCUUGCCGAAGAGCAAGGCAAUACUAGGUUGGCACGAAGAUGGUUCCAGGAAUUCGAACAGCAGAGUAAGGGGUUGGGCUCGUAA